GAGGGGAGGUGAGGCCUGCUCAAGCUGAAUCCUGUCAACCUCCAUCCCUCACACUCACCCCACGCCCACAGACAGCCAAAGCCAGCAGCAGCCUGCAGUGAUGACAGGUGCUGGAUGUGGGUGACAGCGUGGUGAUGCCAGGCAUUGUAGACUGCCACGUUCAUGUGAAUGAACCGGGCCGCACCUCCUGGGAGGGUUUCUGGACCGCCACCAGAGCUGCAGCAGCCGGAGGGGUGACGACGAUUGUGGACAUGCCGCUAAACAGCAUCCCUCCCACCACAACUCUUGGCAAUUUUCAUGAGAAGCUGCGGGAGGCAACAGGGAAGUGUUUUGUGGAUGUAGCCUUCUGGGGAGGCGUGGUCCCCGGCAAUCAGCUCCAUCUACGUCCAAUGAUCCAGGCUGGAGUGGCUGGCUUCAAGUGUUUUCUCAUCCAUAGCGGGGUGGAUGAGUUCCCCCAUGUAAAUGACAGCGAUCUACAUACAGCCAUGAAGCAGCUGCAAGGCACAGGAAGCGUCCUGCUGUUUCAUGCAGAGAGGGACGUUUGGGAAGGAAAAGGGGAGACUGGUGACCCUUGCCAGUACUCCACCUUCUUGUGGUCCAGGCCAGACGUCAUGGAAACCGAAGCUAUUCGUGUUGUCACGAAGCUUUGCCUGCAGUACCAGGUACGCUGCCACAUAGUCCACUUGUCUUCUGCAAAGCCACUGAAACUGAUUGAGGAAGCACGGCAGGCUGGAGCUCCUCUGACUGUGGAGACCACCCACCACUAUCUCAGCCUGUGUGCAGAAGACAUACCUGCAGGGGCCACGCAAUUUAAGUGCUGCCCGCCCAUCAGAGGAUCUGUUAACCGAGAGCAGCUGUGGUCUGCGCUGAAAGCUGGACAGAUCGACAUGGUGGUCUCAGACCACUCCCCCUGCACCACCGAUUUGAAGAAACUGGACAGUGGAGACUUCACACAGGCUUGGGGAGGGAUUUCUUCUUUACAGUUUGGCUUGUCUCUGUUCUGGAGUUCAGCCAGUAAAAGAGGUUUUCAGCUCCCUGAUGUUGUGAGGCUCCUGAGCCAAAAAACAGCUCAGCUGUGUUGCCUCGACAGCCGGAAGGGCUGCCUUGCCCCCAGUUAUGAUGCCGACUUGGUCGUAUGGGACCCAGAGAGAGAGUUUGAGAUUCAAGAAGAAAACAUACAUCAUAAAAACAAGCUGACUCCUUACCUUGGCCUCAAACUGCAAGGGGCCGUGCGUGCCACCAUCCUGAGGGGACGGCUGGUGUACGAAGAUGGCAGCUUCUGCGCCGAACCUCUGGGGAAGCAUCUCCUCAUCCCUCAGAAGACAAAUCAGGCCCAACUGUGAAGCACAAUGACAAGCUGUCAUA